AUGUCAGCCCAAUUUAGUGGUUUUCGAGUCGAAGUGAUUUCGCCUCAGCUUGGAACGAUAAUAGGCACAAUUACGUCCGUGAGCGCAACCAAGAUUGAUCUAUUAAAUGCAUCUGUAAAUGAUCAAUCUCAAAUAAAACACUAUUCAAUAGAAAACAGGUUCAUCACGCGUGUGCGCAUUUUAUCUACUGGCAAGGAGCGUCUUGAAGCUAAACCCUCAGUGAGAGAUCAACGUAGGGAAUUUCUCCGUAAUAUACCAAAUACUCAAAACGCAUAUGUAUGCCUCGAAUCACCCCCACUGAUUAUUAAAACUCCUGGAUGUCCAAGGGAAACUUGCUGUGGGUCUCCACCUUCAAAAAAGGAUUUGGGAUGCCUUAGGGUUACAGACAAGGCUGCUAAAAAUUCCAGACGUAAUCGAUCUAACGCAUCUGAGAGAAUUCCGUCAAGCGAUAUCUCUGGCUGUGAAAGUGAUCCGACUUUUAAAAAUGGUCGAAAUGAACAAAUUCCGAUUCAUUCUAACAUAUCCGGACACAGGUCUAAAUUCAACAUUCGUCACAGAAGGAAAACAAAUGAUGUCGGAUGGAGUAGUUUGUGCGUAGAAGAUUUUCAAGAUGAAGAUUUUGACUUCGAGGGAAAUCUUGCGAGAUUCGAUAAACAGGCAUUUUACAACAUGGUUGAUGCUCACCAAGCUAAAUCUUUGAAAGAGAUUAAAGAUAAAGAGUUGCUCGCUCCCGUCGAUUUUUCGCUUUUUGAGGGUCCAGAUGGUGUUGGACCUCCUUUGCUCGGU